CAAAGCUAUAUUACUUGACACGAGCACAUGCACAGAUUGCAGUCUUUCACGUGUGAAGAUAGAUACUUUCAUAGGUUUCAUCUGGAUGUCCACAUUGACACAAUAAUGCUCGUGGGUUCUGCGUAAAAGUUGUGCAGCGGACGCGCGUGACAGUCGGACAAUAGUCUAUGAGGGAAAUAUGAUGCUGAAUGUAUAUCAAAGCCAUUGACUGAAUCAUUCAUCAACAGAGAAGACAGCAUGUUCAGUGUGAUUUUAGUGUUUUUACUCGGAGUGGGACAAGUUCUGUCCAGACAGAAUCCAUGUCCUUCAAACGCCUUCACAGAAAAAGGAGAGUGUUGCAAACAAUGCCAGCCAGGAGAGGGAAUGGAAAAGCCCUGUGGAAAGGAACAGACAGUGUGUGAACCAUGCCUUGACAGCGAGACGUUCUCUGAGAACUUCAGCCACCAAGAGCAAUGCCAGCCAUGCACAUCCUGUUCCGAACGCAUGCGGAUGUUGACACCCUGCACCGACUCCAACGACGCUUACUGCGUCUGCAACUAUGGCUUCUUUUUAAGCAGUGUCACAAGCCGCUGCGAGCCCUGUACAGUGUGUCCUGUGGGUCAGGGGGUGCUUUCGCGCUGUAACUAUGACCGCGACACCAUAUGUGAGGAGUGCAUGGAUGAAACGUUCUCAGAUCAGGAAACAUCUCUUGACCCGUGCAUGCCCUGCACAGUCUGUGAGCAGCCCGAUAUAGAGCUGAAAAGCUGCACUCCUGUCAGCGAUGCUGUCUGCCAAGAUGUAGAUCCCGCUAACAACUCAACCUCUUCCUCUUCUCCUCCUCCAUAUGUUUCAACCUCUCUUUCCUUUCCUGCUUUUUCUCCUUCUUCUCCUCCUCCUUCAUCAGAUGUCUCAUAUGCAGACAAGUCUCCUCCUGAGGGCCCUAUGGAGAAUGUGACCACAGCUGACCCUGGGCUGAGGAAACUCCCCGGUCUCAGUGAUAACCUGAUUCCCAUCUACACCUCCAUACUGGCUGCGGUGCUGCUGGGCCUGGUGGCCUUCAUCAUCUUCAAACGGUGGAACAGUUGUAAGCAGAAUAAACAUGGAGCCAACAACAGAGCGUGCAGUGCAAACCCCAGUCAGACUCCAUCUCCUGAGGGUGAGAAACUUCACAGUGAUAGUGGGAUUUCGGUUGACAGUCAGAGCCUACAGGAGGGGCAGGGUCCUCCACAUACAGUGGUCAAGAUAGAUGGCGGUUCAUCCCUCUCCAUACCCAUACAUACACGAGAAGAGGUGGAGAAGCUGCUAAAUCGUACCUGUGAAGGGGAGGAGUCAGGGGCCAACGAAGAAUCCGAUUGGUGCAACCUGGCAGGGUUGCUAGGAUACAAAGAGGAACACAUUGCUAAUUUCAAGCAGGAGGAGAGGCCUGUUCAGGCCCUGCUGUGUCAUUGGGCGAACCAAGAUUCGGCCAGUAUCGAUACGCUUUGCACGGCCCUAAAGAAGAUCAACAGGGAGGAUAUCGCGCAGAGCAUCACUCUCAAACCUACAGCUACAUCUAGCGUAUGAGAGAGCCGCGAUCAUCCGUCGUUGUGCUUCAAAGCUGUAGGCACUCAAAUACACACCUUAUAUUGUAUCACUGGUGAAGUUGAUGUAUUGCUAUAUCCAAAUCCUAAAACCAGAUGCUGUUUUCACUUAAACCCUUUUGACCAAACUGUGUGCAAAGAUCGCAUCUUUCACGAUAUUUCUUUGCAUGUUUAUUUUGUUAUUUUGAGAACACUUUAUCCACCAAUGGGCUUUAAAAAUGAAUUAGCACACAAGAAGAAAUCAUUUAAACAACACAAAUACACAACAUGCAAGCUUCUUCACACUUUAGCAUACCAUGAUAUACAGUAUUGCUUUUUUUUAAAGAAUAUUGAUUUUAAAAUAAAUAAACUACUCAUAACAUGCUAAUAAUAUAUAACAUGUGGCAGGUUCAGUCAUUUGCUGUGCAAAACCUCAAACCAUAUCCACCAUUUUUUCAAAGUUUGACUCUUACCUUUUCAUGUACACUGUCAGUGUUGUGCUCCUGUGUUUUUAAUACAUGUGUAUUGUUAGUCAAUGCGCAGAACAGUAUGAAGGGGAAGAAAUACUGAAUGCAACACCUCUACGAUAGGAUGCAGCCGUCUUAUUGGCUUACGCAUUGAUUGGUAUGUAGAACCAGCUUGAUGAUACAAUUUAUACCUUAGCAAGAUUUUUGGAGAUUUCAUUCUUUACUGAAAUAGCUGUUUUAAAGCCAUGCACUAUGAUUUGCUACUUGCGUAUGCUAGUCCGUAUUAGAUGGUAUUGGUGGAUGAACAUUCUCAUUCUUAAUGGUCUCCGUUUAUUGGACAAAAACGUGUUUAGCGCAAGAUGAGCCAUGAAUAUUUUUAUUCCGUUUUCCCAGACUGUUGUUGAUGUAUUCAUUUAUGUUUUAAGAUAAUGUGACUGUAACCAGGACAAGAAUCACUUUGAGAGCUUGGAGAUAGCAGAGGAACUAUAAUGAGAAGAUUGUAGGAUUUAAGGGAGAAUGUUAUGUUUGGGUUCACACACUGUCUUCAUAUUUGCUAGUUAGCUUCCCUGUGUGUGUCAUAAUCACAUGAUAACCACAUUGUUAUUGCGACACACACUUCAGCCCUGUCUUCGUUCACACAGACACUGUCUGUGCAACACAUUCUUAUGAAAUGCAUAUAAAUAGCAUGCAGUGUGAAAAGUUGUGCAAUACUUACGCCAAAUUCCAAUUUUGUGUGUAUAUGAUAAACCAGUCCUUCCCGUUCACUUAACCCCUUACCUGGUGCAGCUCUUUUUGAGUGAGGGCAGGGGUGCAAAUUCAAAUAAAUAUAAUAUUUUUUUGGUCUAGAAGACUAAUCUUGGUCUUGUUUUAAAGAAGUCACUUUUUUCUGUUUUUAAACCAUUGUCGCUUGGGUUUGGGGAUAGAUUUGGGAUUUGCUUUAAGAUGUCCUUUAAUAUAUAGGUUUCUCCAUGUUUUUUAUCUAUUUUUAAACCUUGAGUUGUAUUUAAAAAAAAAUGCAGCAUUCUUGUUAAACCAACAUAUAUUUUUUAGGGAUGUCAAAAGAUUAAUCGCGAUUAAUCACAUAAAAAAAUAAAAGUUUGUUUUUGCAUAAUAUAUGUGUGUGCUGUGUGUAUAUGUAUAUAUAAAUACACUCAUACAUGUAUGAAUUUAAGAAGAUUUUUAUUUAGGUAUAUUUUUUAUUUAUAUUUAUAAUAUAAAAUAUUUUAAUAUAUAUAUAUAUAAAUAAACAUGUAAAUGUUUCUUAAAUACAAACAUUAACGUGUGUGUAUUUAUAUAUAUUACACACAUAAAUUAUGCAAAAAACCUUUAUAUUGUAUGCGAUUAAUCCUGAUUAAUCUUUUAACAUCCCUAAUAUUUUUGUGUUACUUUAACUUAACAAAUUAAGUUAAACAAUUUCAACUUCUUUUUAUAUGUUAUGUCAGCUUAUCACAGGUCAAAACUUAAAAUAGCAGGUUGAAUUGACUUGCAAAACCGAGUUACAUUUUUUUUUUACAAUGUGGGGUUAGAAUUGAGAUUUUAUGUUACAAAAAGUGGUUUUAACCUCGAACUCAAGUGACAAUGGUUUAAAAAAGAGAAACAUAUAUAUAUAACAAUACGAAAAGAUGCACCGUAUUUAGUGAACAGGAAGGACUGGCGUAUCAUAUGCGUGCAAAAUGAGAAUUUGGCGUAUGUAUUGCAUGACUUUUCACAAUGCGUGCCAUUAAUAUGCAAAUAAUGAGAAUAUUUUGACAUUCUGGUUUCGUCUUGUGAAAUUCCGGGAACAUUUCUGUAAUCAUAGUCUUUAUUCAUUCGAUUUAAAGUCUAUCGUCGAGUUUAUAGUCAUUUUAAAAGUAAAUGAAUGUAUGUUUUGUUCGUUGUGAAUAGUAGUGUUUAUGUUUUCUGUAUGUGGGCAGGUGACUCUGGACAUUCGGGGUGGAAAUAAUGAGGGUUUGCUGGCCUGGUGGUCUGGCUGAAAGAUGAUAGCAGUAUUUUUUGUGGUUUUUUUACUUUUCUUUAUUAUAGAGGAAAUGUGACACUGGUCACUACCUGUCUAGGGUCAUCACCAUGACAAAGCGCUUGGCCACGCGUUCUGGGACCCAGAUAGAAAAAUGUUUAAGAUUCAACACACUCGCUUGCCAUAUGCUCACGAACACAGACAAAGAUACAACCUACUUCAAAUUAACCAGUGACUUAUCUAAACGUUCAGGGUGAUUUCAAGUUAAGACAUUAUUACAAGCUUCUCACUGUUACAGAAACCCUGGACAUAUCAGAGAAUACUAGAUUGUCAGACCUGGAAGUGUCAGGGAAAUGAAUCAUGUACUUUUUAGAUACUAAAUAUGUGAAUAUGUUUUAGUUUUGCUAUAAAAUAAUUCUUCGGCUAGUUGUUAAGUAAUGGUUGUCUAGAGAAAUGCUCUAAUGCACUAAGUGUCAUAAUGUAAAUCAGUUUCAGAGGUUGGUACCGAUGGAAAUCGAUCCCUCUAAGUUAAUUUUGUUUCAUUUUUUCCAAAACUUUCAAUGAGCAAAAUCCUGCCAAAUACUCAAAUUGCCAGUACUGGAACUAAGAACUGAUAUGAUCCGUUUUGCUAAAUCAACCCUGCUUUUGUGUUUGAUAUAUCUGGGUCAAAUGAAUAAAAACAAGACAUAGUGGUCUCAGUUCAGGGCGUUAUAUCUUCUCAGGGUUUAUGUGGAGGUUUGCCCAUCUGUCAAUAUUGUGUUCCAUGUUGUCAGCAUCAGUGGCCUUAUAAUAGUUGAGCAGAACACAUGUGCGGGAAGCCCUGAAUGAACAUACGGCGUAGAUUUAUUUUAAGAAAGGAGGAAGGGCAGUUUAGGCAGAAGAUAUGAAACACCAUUUAAAUUCUCUAGCUGCAUGAUAGUCAGUAUUCAUCCUUGUGAUAUCUGUUCAGUAUAAAGAGAGAUGCGAGAGGAUCUAUUAAUGUUAUAAUAUAUUUGGUUAUUAAAAUCAGUGUCUGUUGAAUGCUGAGAAAUUAAAGUUUUAAACUUCAUAUAAUCAACAUCUCUACCCACAUAUGUGACCCUGGACCACAAAAGGGUCCAUUUUUUUAUUGAGAUUUAUACAUCAUUUAAAAAUAAAUAAUAAAAAGCUUUCAGAGUCGAUUUAUGGUUUGUUAGGACAUAGGACAAUAUUUGGUCGAGAUGCAACUAUUUGAAAAUCUGGAAUCUGAGGGUGCAAAAAAAUUAAACUUUAAAGUUGUCAAAUUUAGUUAGCAACACAUAUUACUCAUAAUAAAAUAAAAUAAAAUAUCUUUAUGGAACAUGGUCUCUACUUACGUAAUGUCCUAAUGAUUGUUGGCAUUAAAAUUAUAAUUUUGACCCAUACAAUGUACUGCUAACUAUACCUGUGCUUAUGGUCCAGGGUCACAAAUGCAUUUCUGAACAUGUAAACACACUGUCAUUUGUAUCUUAAUCAUUUGUAUCUAAAAUGAAGGCAUUCCCCGUUUCUGGAUGUGAAUUAUUUGUAUUCUUUUUCUUUUAUGUUUUAUUUUUUUCAGAUUAGAGUGUAGCACUUACAAUUACGAUAUGCAUUUUUAUUAUAAAUGCCUGGUGUUAAUAUCAGGCCAGUGUUGUUUUUUGUGUUUGUUUAGUAUGUACAUAAUUUGCUUGUUUCUGUGAUCUAUAGUUUUGCUUUUUGUUUGUUUAUGGUUUAUACGCAGCCUCGAAGGCUUUUGUUAUGGUCAAUAUUUUUAUGGCCAGACUCUACAUCUGCAUCAAGUGAUCUUGAAAAGUGGCUUGUGUCAAUUCUUACCUGCCAUUUUUAACCUCCUAAAGGCUUUAUGCUAUAAAGUCUGUCAUUUGUGCCACUAGCUUCAUUCCAAAACAUAAAGUUACCUGAUAACCUUUUCCCAAACUCCUCAGUUAAGUUGAUGUGUUGUGCUGGUCAAAAUUAUACAAUAGAUCAGCCUAUGAAUUAUUUAAAGUUGUUUUGUUGUUGCUUAAAAUAACCUGAAAACACACUGCACCAUGAUAACAAGACUGAAUCUUACACUUGACAGAAGAGCAAAACGAUGACCGUGAGAAACAAAGGGGAAAUGUAGAGAUGUACGUGGAUUUGUCACGAUUAUCUGGACACAGGUUCAGCAGGAAGUAAAAUUGAGUUGAAUGUUACACGUAUAUACUGUUAUGUACACUGUAUCAUAUAAAUGUGAAUUUACUAGAAUUCAUAAUGCAGUUAGUAUCACAAACAAGAAAUAAUAAACCAAAUAAGAUUGCAAAUGUA